AUGAUUGUCAAUGAGGAAGAAGCUUCCCUUCUUGAUUUUUUGUGGUUACUGCUGGCAAGCGUCAUAUUUGUGCCUCUAUUUCAGAAAAUUCCUGGAGGCAGCCCUGUUCUUGGGUAUUUAGCAGCUGGAAUUCUGAUUGGUCCUUAUGGUCUUUCGAUAAUCCGUAAUGUGCAUGCAACCAAGGCCAUCGCAGAAUUUGGCGUUGUUUUCUUGCUUUUCAACAUUGGUCUUGAGCUAUCUGUUGAAAGACUGAGUUCCAUGAAGAAGUAUGUUUUUGGAUUAGGCUCCGCUCAGGUUCUGGUGACAGCAGCAGUAGUUGGAUUGAUUGCCCAUUAUGUUGCUGGUCAGGCUGGUCCAGCGGCAAUAGUUAUUGGAAACGGCCUGGCACUGUCCUCCACUGCUGUUGUCCUUCAGGUUCUACAAGAACGGGGUGAGAGUACAUCUAGACAUGGGCGGGCUACAUUUUCCGUCUUGCUUUUUCAGGAUCUAGCUGUAGUUGUUCUACUGAUUCUCAUCCCACUUAUUUCACCUAAUUCAUCGAAAGGAGGGAUUGGGUUUCAAGCUAUCGCCGAAGCUCUUGGACUUGCUGCAGUCAAAGCAGCAGUUGCUAUUACUGCCAUUAUUGCUGGUGGUCGUCUUGCUGGACUUUCCAUGGCAUUAGGAGCGUUUCUGGCUGGUUUACUCCUUGCGGAGACAGAAUUUUCGUUGCAAGUAGAAUCAGAUAUUGCUCCAUAUCGUGGCCUUCUGCUGGGACUCUUCUUCAUGACGGUUGGCAUGUCUAUUGAUCCGAAACUUCUACUCUCUAACUUUCCUGUCGUAAUGGGAACUUUGGGACUUUUGAUAGUGGGCAAGACUAUAUUACUCGUGAUCAUGGGCAAAUUGUUCGGCAUCUCAAUCAUAUCUGCAAUUAGAGCGGGUCUUCUUCUGGCUCCAGGCGGAGAGUUUGCAUUUGUUGCUUUCGGAGAAGCUGUCAAUCAGGGUAUAAUGUCACCUCAGUUAUCUUCGUUGCUGUUUCUUGUGGUGGGAAUAUCAAUGGCUAUCACACCUUGGUUAGCUGCUGGUGGCCAGUUAAUUGCAUCCCGGUUUGAGUUGCAUGAUGUUCGAAGUUUGUUGCCGGUUGAAAGCGAGACAGAUGAUUUGCAGGAUCACAUAAUCAUAUGUGGGUUUGGACGAGUUGGCCAGAUAAUUGCUCAGCUUCUCUCAGAAAGACUUAUCCCAUUCGUCGCCCUGGAUGUCAGCAGUGAAAGAGUGACUAUCGCGCGUUCCUUGGAUCUUCCUGUUUAUUUUGGAGACGCCGGUAGUAGAGAGGUUCUGCACAAAAUUGGAGCCGAGAGAGCAUGUGCUGCGGUGGUUGCCUUGGACGCACCAGGAGCUAAUUACAGAUGUGUCUGGGCUCUGAGCAAGUACUACCCCAACGUCAAGACCUUUGUCCGUGCACACGACGUUGUUCAUGGUCUCAAUCUAGAGAAAGCCGGUGCUACUGCUGUUGUCCCGGAGACUCUGGAGCCAAGUCUGCAGUUGGCAGCUGCUGUUCUUGCUCAGGCCAAAUUACCGACAUCGGAAAUCGCAAACACGAUCAACGAGUUCAGAACCCGCCACCUGUCUGAACUAACGGAGCUAUGUGAAGCAAGCGGAAGCUCUCUGGGCUACGGUUUUUCGAGGACGACGAGUAAGCCUAAAGCUCAACCGUCGGAUGCAUCUGACGAUAACCAGACAAUCGAAGGAGGGUCACUCGCGAUCUGA